GAGGUGUGUUGGAGCAGGGAAACAUCUCAAACGUGCUGGACAGCAGUCCUCGAGGACCGUAGUUGCGCACCUCGGUCGUUGUUCUGGCCUAUCAGCUGUCAAUCUGGUGUCCCACGUGGUGAGGGGCGGUCUUAUCUUGAGUUGGACGUUCAACUUUUAAUGAGGCAAACAAUUCCAUGUGCUUCAGUGCGAGUCGCACCUACGUCUUCGCAGGACAUAUACACGCCUGCAACGAAGCAAGCUCCACGCUAAGAAGCACCUCUUAACACUUUUGGGAUCCGCAAGCAGGCAUCUGUUGACGGCGUGACAACCUUGUGCACCUCCGGUUCCACUACCGGAGCUCGAAAAGCCCGUGGCCGGAUGAUGUAAAUUUGUCACGCGUCGAUUAUAGUCCUCUUCGGCUUUUUAAGGAGUAUCGCUUCUCACGCGUCACUCCCACAAACUUUUCCAAGUUCUAAGUAGGAUUUCAGCAUGGAUUCUUUGCGCGCCUCUGCCGACGACAGCAAGUCGUCUGCGUGCCAGUGCGCACCGAAAUCCGACGUCCACCGGUGGUCUCCCGGGAUCCCCGUGGCCAUGUGCAUGCUCAUGUCCCUGAGCUCCAUCACUGCGUGUCUGCUGAUGAGCUUCAAGACACUCCAGUUGGAGCAGAGACUGAAGAUGGAACUGGACCGAGUGCCCACCUUCCACGCGGGGCACGGGAAUUUCCUCAACAAGGAUGGGGACCUGCUUCCGGAACUGAGCGCCUCCGUGGGGAAGCUCGUGGAAGAGAAAGUCAUGGUGCUGAUGCCAAAAAUCCGAACAACUCGAGAUGCUGGGCAAGAAUGCGCCUGUCCUCCAGGGCCUCCCGGAAAGCGUGGAAGGUUGGGAAGAAGAGGGGAACCGGGUAAGUAAAGUCCACCACCUGGCAAAGCCGGACGGGAUGGAUACCCGGGUCCACUUGGCUUGGAUGGUAAACCAGGAAUACCGGGUCUCAAGGGAAGCCAGGGACCAGCCGGGCCCAAGGGAGAAAAGGGUGACCAAGGAGACAUUGGACCAAGGAUGGUCUAUCCAAGAUACGAUCAUGGCUUUCUCUCUGGUGACCACUCAAGCACCUUUCAGAGACGUUUUCUGAAGGGUGACCAAGGGCAGGCUGGACCUGCUGGCCCACCGGGCCCCCCAGGCCCCCCAGGUCCCAGAGGCCCUCCUGGAAACACCGGCAAAGAUGGACCUCGUGGCCCAGCAGGAGAGCCAGGUUUUCAAGGUCGUGAUGGCAUUGAGGGACCUCAAGGAUUGCCUGGGAAGUCGGGAGAAGAUGGGGAACCUGGAUAUCCUGGACCACAGGGUCCUCCGGGAGCAAAGGGCGAGCGAGGAAUGGCAGAAAAAGGAGAGAGGGGCAUGGAUGGACUGCCAGGUUUAAAGGGCGAUAAAGGAGAAGUAGGAGAACAAGGUCCCAAAGGUUAUCCUGGUGAAAAGGGCAGUGCGGGCCACUCGGACAUCAUUGACUUCAAUGGGAAGCUUCUUGAUGCUUUCCAGGCCAUCAACACAAUCAGUAUUUCGGGCCCGCCUGGACCACCUGGCCCCCCAGGCCUUCAAGGAGAAAAGGGGGAGCUUGGUUUACCUGGUCCAGCUGGUGUAGAUGGGGCGAAGGGAUCUCGAGGUGAUGUGGGUGAGGCAGGACCACAAGGAGAAAGAGGAGAAAAGGGAGAGAUGGGCCUUUCUGGGCCUGCGGGCAUGGAUGGACAGAAAGGAGAAAAGGGAGACUGCAGAUUGGACGACAACCUGGUUCAAAUGAUUUCCCAGCCAGGCCCUCCUGGCCCACCAGGUCCACCGGGAGUUCCUGGGUCACCUGGAUCCAUGGGGCUGCAUGGAAUGCCCGGUCCAAAGGGGGAGCCAGGAAUUGGGAUAAAGGGGGAGAGAGGGGAGACCGGUUUUCCAGGACCCAAAGGAUUGGAUGGCCUGCAGGGUGUGCCUGGGUCUCCAGGUCUAGUGGGCCUUCCAGGGGCAAAAGGAGAAAAAGGCAGGCCAGGGGAACCUGGACUUGACGGUUUCCCAGGCCUAAUGGGUGAGAAAGGUGACAGAGGCGAACAAGGAGAUAAGGGUGACAGAGGAAGUGUAGGAAAGAGAGGACUGAAGGGUCAGAAGGGAGAGCAGGGCCCUCCAGGCCUAGACCAACCCUGUCCUGUGGUUUGUGAUGAGAAAAAAGGUCUGUCUGUGGAAGGAGCACUUUCUUCUCCUCCACCUCUUCUUCCUCCUUCCGCCCCUGUGGCCCCCUGUCCUGUGGGACAUGAUGGGCUGCCAAUACCAGGCUGCUGGCACAAGGAGGAGAUGGCCAGGCAGAAACUUAAACGCAAGCGUCUCAUUCAGCCAUGAAGGCGAGCGGGAGUGCCUGCUGGAGAAAAAGACACUUUAAAGGGGCAGAGAGCACGGAGGCAAAUUGGCCUUGAUGGAGCAGAACACACCCUGCACAGCCUCCGUGUCUUACUGAACACUUUAAUCCUCCAAUACGGAAACUCUCCCAGAGGAGACGACAAAUCCACUCCCACAAUCCCCUGGAAGUUCUUGCUGAUGAUGUGGUGUGACAUCACUGGCACACAGGGAAGGAUUGACAGCGCGUUAUGAUUUUCGUCAUCACUUACUUGGCAGUGUAGUGAAGACAUUCCCUAAUUAACUGCAAUGUUAUGGAUGAAUAUAAUAGAAAUAAUAGAUUUUCAAGCACUCUUUUAAAGGUUUUUGACUGUGUUCAUUUUUUUCAUAAGUGGCAGCGGAAAUCUGUUUGUUACAUUUUGCAUUCCCGUGCAUUGCCGUGUUUAUUCACUGAUUUGAAGAAGCCAUUACAGUAUUCAUAGUAAACAAAUGCAUCAUUCAGUGGGGCAAAUCAGCUACAUCAUUUUUUGAUUGAGUUUUUAGUUAUCCUCAAGUCUGCCAUUACCACGUGUAAUUUAGUUUGACUGAUCAUGGUCAUUUAAUCCCAGAUGAACACGUUUGUUCUCUCUUGCUGCUGUGUGUUCCUUGUAUUUUAUUUUAUUUUUUAAUAUUAGUCAUUUAAACUGAUGACUGACUGACUAAAUUAUUAUUUUAUUUUGGUCAAAUGUCUACCAACUUUUUUUGUUUGGAAUUCAGUUUUAUUUAGUAAUCAAACACUGGCUUUGAAUGCCGAAAAUGCUGCCUUUGUGUGGGCCGUGCUUGAACUGUCACGAAUAGGUUUUACAAAGUAGUCCAAGCGGUCACAGGACGGUUAUUGGUUGUGUUCUUGCCCUUGCAAGGUAUUUACAGGACCGGAAUAAAUUGUUAAGUUCGCUGGACUUAUUAUAUAUUUGCAAAGUUUCUUUAAAUGUGGCAUGAUUAUUUCAAGAUAUGGGAUAAAUACAAUUAUUUUGCUGGAUGUAUACAAAAGAGUGAUGAUACCAACAGAACUACACUUUUUUGGUAAACAGAAAAGUACAUUCGCUAUUUAAGAACAUUGGGGAAACCAACAUUUUGUUGUGCCACUGAACAGUUGGAAAUCGUUUAACUGUUAGUUGGUUAUGAUACAGAAUUGCAAUUCAGUCAUAAUAUUUCCUUGUAUGCUGUAAGAGAUGGCAAAUAGGACGUUGAAAUGGCCCUACGAUGUUGAAUGUCACUUGUACAACUUUGACUGCGAUUUGCUCUCAAGAAAAUGUAUAGACGCCCUACUUAUUCUGUCUUGCCUCUUGUUUGUUUGUUUUUUUCAGCAGCAAUAGUCAGAAUGAAAUGUCACCAACGCAAAUAAUACAAACUUAAUACAUGUGUCAAAUUUCAAUUGUGAUGCAACAAAACGAAUCAUAAAAUGAGUUGUAUGUUCAAGUCAAUUUACUUGGACAUACCGUAACAACACAUAUAAUGCAAACAUUAUGAGAGAAUUACAAAUGUUGAACCAGUUUAAAGUCACAGUGAAGCAUAAAGUGUUGCCAUUUGACUGAAAGCUGAGUGGUUGUCUGGCAAUUAACAUAGGACUAGAAUUAGUUUUGCAAGUUGUAUCAGUUUUACGACUUAAUGGAGUAAGUAACUAGCACAAUGUCUUGUUUGGUGUUAUAGCCAAUGAUUUCACAGUAUUAGCUUCACUUUGUGUGAAUGUUUGGUUGUGUAUUUGGUUGAAACAGAAUUAAGCUAUUUUUGUAAUUAUUGUCAAAAUGUAUAACUUGGUCAAUUUAUCAUGACUGAAAUAAAUUAUGGGUUUAUGCUUUCCUUGUCCAUACAUCAUACGCAUUUCAAUUAACUUGGCAUAAAUAGAUUUGUUUUUUUUUUUUUGUCUCCAGCCUUACCCUCCGAGUGCAACCAUUACUAUAUUGUUUGGGUUCAUGCAGAGAAGGUCUUAAAGGCUUCAGUUUUUCUGUUGUUUGUUGCAUGAGUGUGUUAUGACAUUUAAGAUACUAUUUUGAAUAAUCUCACACAAAUGUGCUAUGACAAGGACAUUGAAGUCAAAUGUUGAUUUCAAUUUUCCAAAUUCAUGGAACAGUUUUCAUAUGUUCCGAUAUUGUAUAACUGAUAAUCAAGUUAAUUCCAUAACAUGAUGGCAAUAGUUUGGUCUGGAAACCUUCAUCAUUGAAAAGUGACAUUACAUCACCUCUGGCCACUCUGUUUUUAAUACCAAAUAAAGCUGGUGUGAAAAUGA